UGCCUUUACCACAAAAUCAAAUGACAAAUGUACAUGAGACUCGAGACUACAACUUGUAUAUACAUGAAUAAAGGACUAGUACUGUAUUAAUUUAUUUACAUCUGAUGCGCGACUCCCCCUGUUAUAACCACAUUUUCAAUUUUAGACACCUUCAAUUUAUUUAAUACUACUACUUAAUAAAAUGAGCUGAUUCGUAGAAAUAAAUUCCUCAACCAAUACCAAAGAGAACCAAAACACAACAUCAACUCAAAACUCCUUUUUCUUUCUUUUCUUUGUUGUAUUCUCCUCUCACAAACAUUUUUAUUCUUCUGUAAUGACAGGUUGCUUUAGCUUGUCCGAAGCAAUAGAACGAACUUACAAGUCCGGUUUCAAAAGAUCCGGUCUACGACCCGUAACCAUCGAUUUGAAAGACGGAACCAUAGUCAACUUCUGGGUAUCCAAAACCCGACCCGACUCCAAACCAAAACCCAACCUCCUCCUCAUCCACGGCCUCGGAGCUACUGCCAUCUGGCAAUGGUACGACGUAGCUCGACGUCUCUCCCGUCAUUUCAACCUCUACAUCCCAGACCUCGUCUUCUUCGGCGGAUCCUCAACAACCCGACCCGAAAGAUCCGACAUUUUUCAGGCCCAAACGCUCAUGCGGGCCUUAGAAGCCCUAUCCGUCAAAAAGUUCAGCCUCGUCGGUCUUAGCUACGGCGGGUUUGUCGGCUAUCGGAUGGCGUCUAUGUUCGGAGACGCCGUGGAGAGGGUUGUGAUAUGCUGCGCCGCCGUUUGCGUUGAGGAGAAAGACAUGAAAGCCGGCGUUUUCAAGGUGUCGGAUCUUGACGAAGCUUCGAAGAUUCUUGUUCCAGAGUCAGUGAAAAAGCUAAGGGAACUUAUGGGUUACAUCUUUUACAAACCAGCGUUGGCGAGACUGGUUCCUACUUGUCUCCUCCAUGACUUCAUCGAACACGCAUUGACCAAAGAUAAUAUGGAAGAGAAGAGGGAGAUGAUCAAAGCCAUACCAAAAGACAGAAUAAUCUCAGAGAUUCCAAAGCUCACACAGCCAACAUUGAUCAUAUGGGGAGAGCAUGAUCAAGUGUUCCCAUUGGAUAUGGGGAAGAGACUUGAGAAACAUAUAGGAGAUAACGGAAGACUCGUAAUCAUCAAAAGAACUGGUCAUAUCUUUAACUUCGAAAGACCCAAAACGUUUGUCAAAAUUCUCAAAUCUUUUCUCAUCGAGACUAAACAACAGAUUCCUGUCUCUAAUACAAGUGUUUGACUCCUUAAGUAAUCCAUCUCUGGUUUUGUUUUAUCUUUCUCAAUGUCCUUUAAUUAACAAAUGUAUCAUUUCCACAUAUUACCCCUUUAUUAAUUAUUCGUAACAA